CUCCAAUAGUUUCUGUCAAAUUCAAUGAAUUUCCCAUUAUACCCUCAACGGUUUCUCUUAUUUCCACCCUGUUAGAAAAAAUCGAUGAAAUUGGUCACCCUGGUGGGGGUUGGAAUUGGUAUCCAAAGAGGACGAUGAACAACAAAUAACAAUCUUUGGAUGCUUUCUCUCCGUCAUACUCUCUUACCUUUUCUAUUUUAAGUCUUUCAGCUAAAGUGAGAACCCAGUUGCUAGAUUAUUAGUCUCGGCUUCUCUGGUUGCUAUUUUUGACAAAACAAUGAACAUUUCAAGGAGGUUGGAUUCUGCUGUGUUUCAGCUCACCCCCACUAGAACAAGGUUUGACUUGGUUAUAACUUUGAAUGGGAAGAAGGAGAAGAUUGCCUCAGGCUUGCUUAACCCAUUUCUUGCUCACUUGAAGGCUGCUCAGGAUCAGAUGGCCAAGGGUGGUUAUUCUAUUGUUCUUGAGCCUGACGGUAACACUGAUACCUCAUGGUUUACCAAGGGAACUGUUGAAAGGUUUGUUCGUUUCGUGAGCACUCCUGAGAUAUUGGAACGUGUGUAUACUAUAGAAUCUGAAAUCUUGCAGAUUGAAGAGGCCAUUGCAAUUCAAGGAAAUAGUUCUUUAGGGAUUAGCGCUGUGGAAGAAAAUCAAGUAAAACAUGUUGAAUGCACUGAAGGUGUCUCUGAAAGAUCAAGCAGGAAGACUCAGCAGGAUACUAAUGAGGAGAGAGCAAUUGUACUUUACAAGCCUGAUGCACAGCCACCUCAAGCAAAUGGAAACACUGCAUCGGAAGGAAACUCGAAAGUUCAUCUUCUGAAAGUCUUAGAGACACGUAAGUCAGCACUGCAGAAAGAGCAAGGCAUGGCAUUUGCUCGUGCUGUUGCUGCUGGUUUUGACAUUGACAAUAUACCAGCUUUGAUGUCAUUUGGUGAAUGCUUCGGGGCUUCUCGCAUGAUGGAUGCAUGCACAAAAUUCAGGGAUCUUUGGAGAAGAAAACAUGAAACUGGACAGUGGCUUGAAAUUGAAGCUGCUGAAACUAUAUCCAAUCGCUCAGACUUCUCUGCCUUCAAUGCCUCUGGCAUUAUACUUCCCAAUAUGGUCUCUUCAUCCCAUACUGAACUGGACUCUGAGAGCAAUGGGAAAACAAGUUCAGAUGUGCCUCCAAUGGACCGCCAACCAUCUGUAGGCAACCAAGAUAAUAUUCAAGGUCAAUUUCCACACCAUAUGUUCCCUCCUUGGCCUGUUCAUUCUCCCCCAGGUACUGUACCUGUCUUUCAGCCAUAUCCAGUGCAAGGAAUACCCUACUAUCAAGCAUAUCCUGGAAAUGGUCCAUUUAUGCAGCCAAAUUAUUCUCCUAUGGAGGACCCCAGGCUAAUUGCGGGUCAAAAUAACGGGCGCAGAAGGCAUUCCAUGGAUAGUAGACACAGCAAUACUGAAUCUGGAGAGGAAGUGGAUAUGGAGAGGGAAGGUUCACAGACUGGAGAUCGACGGAAGAAGGAUAGGCGAUCAGGUAGACAGAAAUCUGGCAUGGUGGUCAUUCGGAACAUCAAUUACAUAACAAAGCCUGAAAAUUCUUCUGGAAGUGGAUCAUACUCAGACUCUGCCUCUGAAACUGAUGAAGAUAAUCAGGAAUCUGUGAAGUCCUCAAAGAGAAGGGAAAACAGAAAAGAAUCUUCGAAGAAAUUGGAAUCAUCUGACAGGGAAGAAACAGAGAAUGGGAAGGAUGCAGAUGGAGGCCACUGGCAAGCAUUCCAAAAUUGUUUACUGAGAGAUGUUGAUGAAGAUAGACACACCACUGACCAAGAUCAAUUUGAUCUGGAAAAGAUGAAUGACGUGAGAAGAAAACAACACGUUGCAGUCAAUGAUCCUUUAGUUUUUGAUGAGCGGGGAAUGCAUGAAGUUCAAGGAAGUUCUGCUAUAGAUAUGCAUAGCAUUAGCAAAGGAUUGACUCACAUGCCUAAGACAUCCAAUGAUGAUUUAUUGUUAUCUGCAAGGGCAGGACAGUCUGGUAAUGGUGGGUCUGCUGAUGAUGUACAAUCUUUAGAAGUAAAUGGAAAAAGGAGUGUUUAUAGGAGGGCUUCCCAUGAUGAUUUCAUCAUUCCCAAGCAAGAAAGUCAAUUUGGCAAUGCUUACCCUUCUGCAAAUAUAGAAAAUACCCUAGGUUAUUCAAACCAAAAGCUAGAAAGGAAGUUAUUUCAUGAUAUGAAUGAUGAUUCCUACAUAUUGGAGCAUAGAUCAAUCGAAGUCAAUGAUGCAGGAAAUGUUGAGAGAAAUGCUAUUGACAUGGACUCUGAGUUCCCAAUGGGGCAGCAUAAGGAAGAAAAGUCUUCGGAUGAGAUAAACCGUAUCAGUUAUGAGCCAGAUGAAUUAAGCAUGUUGCCUGAAAGAGGAGCUGAAAGGGGAUCAAUGAGCUACGACCCUGCUUUAGACUAUGAAAUGCAGGCCCAGGCUGGUGGUACUUUACAAAAUAAGAACAAAGAGGUAGUGAUGGAAGCCAAACCAGGAUCUAAGAAGUUGGAUAAGGAGCCAAAAUCAAAACUUACCCUAAAUAAUUCUGAUAAAAGAAAGACAGGCGGGCCAAUAAGGAGAGGGAGGAGUUCUAAACUUAAUCCAUUGGAUGAAGCAAGGGCACGUGCUGAGAGCUUAAGGAACUACAAAGCUGAUCUCCAAAAAUUGAAGAAAGAGAAGGAACAGGAAGAGAUAAAACGCCUAGAAGCCUUAAAGAUGGAGAGGCAAAAGAGGAUUGCUGCCAAGAGUGGCACAAUCACUGCACAGUCGCCAUCACAGCUGACCAAGAAACAAUUUCCAUCAAAACUUUCACCAAGCUCUCAUAAAGGAUCAAAAUUUAGUGAUUCAGAGCCAGGACAUUCCUCACCCCUUCAAAGAGUCCCUGUCAGAACUGCAUCUGUUGGAUCUAAUGAUUCUUUGAAAGCCUCAAAAACCAGCAGAUUGAUUUCGAGAAGCCAGUUGGAUAAUAAAAAAUUGAGCCAAUCAGUGUCUUCUUUGCCUGAAUCUAAGCUAGAGAAGGAUGAUAGUACAACUGAUACUAAAGCAUCAAUGGCUAGGAUUAGAAGAUUAUCAGAACCUAAAAUGAGUACCAUUCAUCAGACUUCCUCAGUUAAACCACAUGGCACUGGAACAAUAUCAAAGACUAAAGCUGCUGAUGGACCUGAGAGCAAAAAGAUAUCUGCUAUUGUGAGUCAUGAUAAAAGCAAGAUAGCAGCCCUUCCAGAACUGAAAAUCAAAACUUCCAAAGCAAGUGACAUUCCUCAGAACAAAACAUCAGUCAAAGAGAAGGCACAUAAGUUGAAUGAUAGCAAGUCUUCUAUGAAUUCAGAAAGUACAAUGCCGAAGAAAAAUGAAAUUGGUACUUCAUCCAAUGAUGAUGGAGAUGACAAUCCUGUAGUUGAGAAGACUGUUGUGAUGCAUGAGUGUGAGAAACCUUAUGCCCCUCCCGUUCAUCAUUCUGAAGAAAACUUAGGGGUACCAAAGAAACAAUAUGAUAAUGAAGUAACAGAAAAAACAGAGAUAGCAACCUCCAAUUAUGUUGUUAUCCGUGCUCCUGUUUCACCAUUAAGCAUGGAUAUAGGAGAUAAAGAAACCUCUGAGAGCCAAUCACACCUGCAACCCAUAUCUACUGAGGUCAAAAUGGAUAAUACAGAGAAAGAACCUUCAAAAUCAUCCAGUCUUUCUAUUGCUGGGGAAACAUAUCAUGCCCCAUAUGCUCGAGUUUCUUCUAUGGAAGAUCCUAGUACAAGAAAUAGUGAGUAUGGUAAAGCAACCCCCACAAGUUUAGAGGCUGCAGCAAUUGGUAUGGAGACUGUUAAAGCACAUGUGUAUAACAUUGGGAACUCAACACUUGAGAAGAUUCCUGAAGCAAACGAGAAGCCUCAGGUAAAGGAAUCAUCAUCCAAAGGGUUUAGACGACUGCUAAAGUUUGGGAAAAAGAGUCAUAGCUCAGCUGCUGAACGCAACACAGAAUCAGAUAAUGCCAGCGUUGAAGGUUCUGAAGUGGAUGAGAUUGGAACUAGCGGUUCCUCAAACGAAGUUCACACUCUAAAGAACUUGAUCUCUCAAGAUGAAACUCCAACUGCCAGCACAUCUCAACAAAAGUCUUCUCGUUCUUUCUCCUUGUUAUCUCCUUUUCGAAGCAAGAACAGUGAAAAGAAGAUAAUGAUGGCUUGAUAGAGUGGACGUUGUUAUUGACUUGUUGGUAAGAUGGAUGCAGUGACAAGCUUAGACCCUUUACUUGAUUCGUUUCAUGUAUUUAUUUUCAAUUGUCACUAGUUUUGUCUAGCUAGAAUAGAAGACAGGGUAAUGUGUUGCUAUGAAAUUUGUUUUUGUAUGUGUUUCGUUGUGCAUAUGCCCAAGUAAUUUGUAUAUUUUACGAGGGACAAAUAUUAUACCCGACAAGAAGAUUUGAGCAAUUUGUUUUGAUCCUACAUUUUUUUUUUGUUUACAUGAUCCGA